AUGCUUUUGAAGUCGGGACUAUUCUUCACUUUGUGUGUGUUUACCCUCCACGCAAGUCAAAUCAAAGACCUUCAAGAACCCAGUUUCUCUGGACUAAGGGAUGUGAAGUACAGACACUUCCUGGAAGCUGCUCGACCAAUCAGACACUCUGCACAUGUCGGACAUCGGACCAGGAGGUCAACAAUGUUCAACACAGGGGUCAAGGUGUGUCCCCAGGACACAAUGAAAGUGGUCCUGGGCAGCCAUCGGGCUUAUUACAAGCUCAGAGUUUGCCAGGAGGCCAUCUGGGAGGCGUUCCGGAUCUUCUUUGACCGGGUCCCGAACUCGGAGGAGUACAGAGCCUGGGUUUACACCUGCCAGCACCAGAACCUUUGCAUGGACGAGCUGGCCCAGAACUUCAGCAGCACCCAGGAGCACCUGGAGUUGGUGGCCAGAAGAGUGGCAGAGGAGGCUGAACUUGAUGGAGCUGUCACUGCAACCCCAGAUCAUGCAAGGGAAUGUACCUGGACGCCGCCUCUGAUUCUGCUUCCAACAGACGAUGACAUGAAUGCCAACAUGAUAAAGGAGAACAACCAAGAGUACAUUGUGGAGUUCAGCGUCACCAUCGUGGACCCGGCGUACAGCGAGCUCCUCAGCGACCCCACGUCGCCGCAUUACAGCGACAUCACCCGGGAGCUCACUGACAAGAUGCUUCAUGUGUUUAAAAAAGUUCCAGGAUUCAAAGAGAUUCGUGUUCUGGGAUUUCGCACGGAGGAUGUGUCUAUGCGCUACGCUGUGGUCUUCAACGGAGAGACAGAGCUCAAUGAUGAUCCUGAGGGUCUUGAGGAGCCUCAAACGGACCCGGACGAGGAUGUUAACGCUCCAAAACUGAAGAGCAUCAUUAAGAAGGCCUUGAAACAGGAGCCGUCCCUACCGAUGGACCUACAGACUCUUAGCUUUGAGGCUGUGACUACAAUUUAUCCAGUUGCUGAGCUCGGCAUCAAGUCGGUUGAGAGUUUCCUACCAGAGGACGACACAAAGACGCAGACAGAGGACAACACCCCUGUUUACAAUUUCUUACCCACACUGGCAGCGAUAGAAAACUCUCUGGAAGCUUCAACGAUCGAACCAGAAACACACACCAUCAUGCCUUUCCCCCCAAGCGUCCUCCAAGAAGCCAGUCCUGCUGUCCCCGACGAGACCCCUCUGAUGGCCGCAGCAAAUCCGGCUCAAGAGGCCGGAGACGUAACAGCUCCAGAAACCACCACAGAGGAGGAGGAGGCAGUGCCAGAGGUGGAGGUGCUGCCACCAUCUGAGGAAGAUCAGGGCGGUGAGGCCGAACCUGAAGGACGGGUGACUGACGAACCUGAACCAACUGAUGGUUCCAGUGAGGAACAGCCCGAGCUACAGAAUGAAGAUGGUCCCUUGGAGACUCCGGACCCCAACCCUGUGGAAGUGGCGAGUGAUAAUCCUCAUGAGGAUACAGCCCAAGGUAUUGAACCAGGAUCAGCUGUGGAGCCUUUGCCGCCUCCUGAAGAGAGUGGCGAAGCCCCUGAAGACGUAGAUGAGUCGAACGGAGGGCACAGUGGGACAACGGACGUCCCUGCCGAGGGCUCAAACGUUCAAGAGGAUGUAGGACCAAGUCAGAGCUGGACAGAGCCAGGUGGGACUGAGCCUCUGGGGGAGGAGAGCGGCAGUGGGUACCCCUCAGAGUCGGACGAACGCCCACAUGAAUCCACGGCAGCACCGGCCAUGAGACAAGCCAGCACCCCUCUGAUGACCACAGUGGACAGGAGCAAAGAGUUAGUGGUUUUCUUUAGCUUGAGGGUCACUAACAUGAUGUUUUCUGACGACCUGUUCAACAAGAGCUCCCCGGAAUAUAAAUCUCUGGAGAAUACCUUUCUUGAGCUGACACAGCACUCUGGCUCCAGCGAUUCGCCAAACCCUGGAGCUUCCAGUAGAUCUGGGCCUAGGAGACAGACGACUUUAGCCUCCAUACCGCUCCUUCCGUACCUCGAGUCCAAUUUGACCGGAUUCAAGGAGCUGGAAAUCCUCAACUUUAGGAACGGCAGCGUCGUGGUGAACAGCAAGAUGAAACUGGACAAGCCGGUACCUUAUAAUGUCACAGAAGCCGUGCACUGCGUGCUCGAAGACUUCUGCAGCGCUGCAUCGAAGCGGCUUGACAUCAAGAUCGACAGCCGCUCCUUGGAAAUAGAGCCGGCCGACCAAGGAGACCCCUGUAAGUUCCUGGCCUGCAAUGAGUUUUCGCGCUGCGUGGUAAACAGUUGGACUGAUGAGGCCGAGUGUCUGUGCGAUCCGGGCUACCGCACCGAGGAAGGCCUGCCGUGUCAGAGCACCUGCUCUCUGGAGCCGGACUAUUGUCUCAAUGACGGCAUGUGUGAAAUCAUCCCAGGACACGGAGCUACCUGCAGGUGUCCUGUAGGUAAAUACUGGCACUACCACGGACACCACUGCGAUGAGCUGGUGUUGGUGCCGUUGGACCCUCCGCUUAUCAUAACCAGCCUCGUGGGAAGUCUCUGCCUAGUUUGUGGCGUCAUUGGCAUUUUGAUAUUCUUUAACAAGAAGUGUAUAAAGCCCAAAAAGGCUGUGACAGUUGUGCACACCCUUGCUCCCUAUGCCUUUGAGAAUACUUUGAGGGUGAACCCCGUGUUUGAGAAUGAUGAUGGCUCCCUAACUCAAGUGUCCACAUUGCCAUGUCCUUCAAGUUCUUCUGCUUCUUCCCAAUCCCAACAGUCUGAGCAUUUUGUCUCUCUUGAGAAUAUACAUCUGAGUAUUGAGAUCCCCAGACAACUCUACACAACCAGAUCAGAAAAGUUAGUCUCCGAGAUUGUGGACUUCCAUCACUGUAUACCACACAAUGAGGUGAGGACCAGAGACUAG